AUGCCACCCCCAGACCCCUUUGGGGACGAGAACCGCUCGCCCAUGAUGGAUCCUCACCACAUGAACAGCUACAACAAUCGCACACCAUCCCCAGGGCGACCACUAGACAGCUAUCAACUCCAAGACAAUCCUUAUGGACACCAGGGCCACCUGCCCAUGCCGUCUAGUGAUCGCCUCGCAGAGCAACCUACUUACUCUGUCGAGAAUGUCCACAACUCCUACGGCCACCAUGAAGCCUACGAAGGUCACGCUGCUCAACGGUCCUACGGGUUUCACCAAGAUUAUACGGUCGACCCCGAAGCCCACCAUGACGCAUACUAUACACAACCCUACGAGCCGACGCAUACACCUCAUGAUGAUUACGACCUAGGCCAAUACCCUGAGGGUAGCCGCACUCCUUUCGAUGACAAUGCGCCCAUGUUACAGAACGACAAUCCCUUCGGGCCGGACCCGUAUGACGGACAGUACCGGGAUGAGCCACGGCCUACUCCCAGCCCAGCUCCCCUCAAGCGGUGGAAGACGGUCAAGGAAGUCCAGCUGUUCAACGGUAACCUCGUUCUCGAUUGUCCUAUUGCGCCGAAACUGCUCAGCCAGGUGCCUCAUGCGGAACCCCCUGGUCGUGACGAAUUCACCCACAUGCGCUAUUCGGCUGCGACUUGCGACCCAGCGGACUUUUUCGAGGAGCGAUUUACCCUGCGCCAGAAGCUUUUCGCAAAGCCUCGUCACACGGAGCUUUUCAUCGUGGUGACCAUGUACAACGAGGACGAGUUCUUGUUCGCGCGCACAAUGUCUGGUGUGUUCAAGAACAUCGAUCACAUGUGCUCGCGUACGAGCAGCAAGACCUGGGGCAAGGAUGCAUGGAAAAAGAUUGUGGUUUGCGUCAUCAGUGACGGUCGUGCGAAGAUCAACCCUCGAACGCGUGCCGUGCUGGCUGGUCUGGGUGUGUAUCAGGAUGGAAUCGCCAAACAGCAGGUUAACGGAAAGGACGUGACAGCGCAUAUUUACGAAUACACCACCCAGGUUGGUUUGGAGGUUAAGGGUACCCAGGUCAAUCUCAAGCCACGCACCGGCCCUCCUGUCCAGAUGAUUUUCUGUCUGAAGGAGAAGAACCAGAAGAAGAUCAACUCGCAUCGAUGGUUCUUCCAGGCCUUUGGUCGCGUGCUGGACCCGAACAUUUGCGUGCUGCUCGAUGCCGGUACCAAACCCGGCAGAGACUCAAUCUAUCAUCUGUGGAAGGCGUUCGACGUGGAGCCUAUGUGUGGUGGUGCCUGUGGCGAGAUCAAGGUUAUGUUGUCACACGGCAAGAAGCUUCUCAAUCCGCUGGUGGCUGGCCAGAACUUCGAGUACAAGCUGAGCAAUAUCCUUGACAAGCCCUUGGAAUCGGCCUUUGGUUUCAUCAGUGUGUUGCCUGGUGCUUUCUCUGCCUACCGUUUUGUUGCCCUGCAGAACGACAAGAACGGACAGGGUCCCCUUGAGCGGUAUUUCCUGGGAGAGAAGAUGCAUGGCGCCAACGCUGGUAUCUUCACUGCCAACAUGUACUUGGCAGAGGAUCGUAUUCUCUGUUUCGAGAUUGUGUCCAAACGCAAGUGUCGCUGGCUGCUACAGUACGUCAAAUCAUCUACCGGCGAGACUGAUGUGCCCGACCGUAUGGCCGAGUUCAUUCUGCAGCGUCGUCGUUGGCUGAACGGUAGUUUCUUCGCUGCCGUCUACGCCAUCACCCACUUCUACCAAAUCUUCCGCAGCGACCACAGCUUCCUCCGCAAGUUCAUGUUGAUGAUCGAGUUCAUCUAUCAAACGAUUGCGAUGAUUUUCGCUUGGUUCGGAAUUGGUAACUUCUUCCUGGUCUUCCACAUUCUUACUACAUACCUGGGCAGUGAUGAACUCUUGGGUACUCCUGGUAAGGUUCUCGGUAUCGUCUUCGAAUGGCUCUAUCUCGCUACGCUGGUCACCUGUUUCGUGCUUGCUCUGGGUAAUCGCCCUGGUGGUUCGAAUAAGUUCUACAUGACCAUGGUGUACUUUUGGAUUUUCAUCAUGUUGUACCUGUCCUUUGCGGCAGUGUUCGUCACAGUGAAGUCCAUUCAGACGGAGGUGCAACAGAAUAGCUUCAGUGUUAGUGACCUCUUUACCAACAAGACAUUCUUCUCGAUCAUUGUGUCACUUGGUUCGACCUAUGUCAUGUGGUUUGUCGCUUCGUUUAUCUUCAUGGACCCAUGGCACAUGUUCACCUCGUUCAUCCAAUACAUCCUCCUCACUCCGACCUACAUCAACGUGCUCAACAUUUACGCCUUCUGUAACACCCACGAUAUCACAUGGGGUACCAAGGGUGACGACAAGGCCGAGAAGCUGCCUUCCGCAACUCUGAAGCCUGGUGGCAAGGUCGACGUCAACAUCCCCCAGGAUGAUGGUGAUCUGAACGCUCAGUACGAGGCCGAGUUGGCAAAAUUCGCUACCAAAGCUCCCAAGGAAGUUCAGAAUAUUUCGGAAGAGGACCGCCAAGCAGACUAUUACAAGGGAUUCCGAAGUGCUGUCGUGUUAGCCUGGGUAUUCUGCAAUUUUGCCCUUGGCGCAGUCGUUCUGAGUGCCGCUGGUCUGGAGACCUUCGACAAUACGUCGUCCACCAGCAGCAGCAACCAAGACUUUACUCAGACUGAGCGGUCCCUGAUCUACAUGGAGGUUGUUCUGUGGUCCGUGGCUGGACUUUCGAUGUUCAAGUUUUUGGGUGCGAUGUGGUUUUUGGUCGUUCGGAUGUUCCGCGGUGUUUAA